AGUUUCGACCGAUGUAAUUCUCUAAAACAAUAUUUUUUAUCCACAAAUUACUUUGAUCGUCACUCCAAAUCGUCUUGUCCCUGUAGCUUUAGAAAAUCUGAAGGUUUGUGAAAACUGUAGGCCACACAGCUAUCAGUCAAAAAUACUUUGUGUAUUGUCGGUGUUAAUGGCUUUUGUAACUGGCGCCAAAUAGAAAAAAAGUUAAUUUUUUUUUCCGCUUAAAAACGGUUCUGACUAAAAGGGAAACUUUGGAUCACCAUGUCCGAUUUGGAAGAACUUGGAGACCUCAUUUGUAGCUGUUUGAAGAGACGACCACUCGUGGAGAGUUGGUUGUGUUUGCAGAACACAAUGAGUGAAGCUACAGCUGCUGCCGUGUACACCAUGAUUUACACUAUUGUAUCCGAGUCGUUGACACUUUGGUGCUGUGCUUCAUUCCCUUCAACGUAUGGCAGUGGUCCUGUCGUUACUUUGUUCGCCUUGCAGAAUGUUGACUUUUGCGUCAUGCUCUUGGCCUCAAUUCUUGUUCUUGUCGGCGUAUGGAAGGAGUCGAAGAUUAUGCUGAUACCCUUCAUUGGGGGUGGAAUCUGGAUGUUUGUCAUCGAAGUGAUCGCUCACAUCGUCUGGAUGGCUAAUGUUGGUCCCGGUGCCUCAAAUCUGACAUCAGUUUUCGUCUUCUUUGCGUCGUGUUUGCUGUUCAACAUUCUGAGCGUGGUCUUCGUCAUCUCGCAUUACCAGACACUGACUGAUGCCUCAAUGCCUCGCACCAAUCAAGUUGGUGUGAUAGUCCAAGAGCAAAGGAUCGCAAUUUGGCAUGUUCCAUCUCAAUAGGCUAAUUCCUGAUAACAUACGAUUUUGGAUUGAAAUGUAAAUAAUACUUUUUUCAAGUGUUAUAUCUUUUUCAAGCAUUUGAAUCGCAACGUAACUUUUCAAGCUAGAAGAAGUAGGGGUGCAAAGGGUGUAUCUUUGUUGUUGUUUUUUUCUUUGGAGCCGGGGGGGGGGGGCUUUGUAAACCCACUAUGAUUGUGCCUUCUAUAGCCAUUUUACAGGAAAAUUUUUACAGG